GGUGCCUGUCGAUGAUGUGCACUACAUAAUCUCCGUUCAUCCUCAAGCGCCCCUCCGUGCCCCGCGCCCCGUCGUAGAUCGUGCCCAGCCCGUCGCACCCGAUGCCGUUCAUGGCCCUCUCACCCGAAAUAUUGCUGCUAGGAUUGGGGAGGCGCUCGAGCGAGGCGAGAUGGACGAUCCUACCGUCGCGAUGUUUGGGGGGCAUCAUGAGCUCGACCCGGGUCUACCAUCUGGCUUCGACCCACUUGCGGAGACAUCGUUCACCACAGAUGUUACGGAGGUUAGCCAGGGAGUCCCCAAGGAGGAGGUCCGUUCUCCGGACUUUGCCACAGUUAUAUCGUUUCUCCCCACGGGAGACGAGCUAGAGUAUGAAGAACAUAUCUUGUUCUUACACGAAGUCAAGAGGUAUCCGCCCGGCUACUUUGAACUGAAGGCGAAGGCGCGGAGUGAUGCCGUCUGGGGGAUAAUGGAAGACACUGUCAAACAAGCAGCCGAGCAAGCUUACAGGGUGUUCAACGAAUAUCUUGAUGACGAUGUGGUGCGCGUCAUGCUACACGUUGGCAUCUGGUUCUGCACCGUUACAUUCGAUCGAAAGCAGACCGAGAAGUUGGUGCCACGAUUCGUGACCGAGCCAUCUUCGAGUGACAAUUGGCAGAGCGUACCGACCAGAGUAUCCGAAGUGCAUUCCAUGUACAACAUCGCAGUCUACGAUGACGAAUGCAUCGGGGUCGAGGAGUAUGGACAGCAAUUCAAGGAACGUAAUGACAAAGGCGAGGAAAGCACGCGUCAAGGCAUAUGAAGAGAAACAUGGCCUGAAGAGCAAAGGGCAAGGCGCG